AUGUGGUCGUGGGUUCGAUUCCCACAGACGGCGGUUCACUUUCUUUUUACUCUUCAUUAUCCAUCCAAUUCACGCCUAUUUCCUUCCCCUUCCUCGGUUGAUCUUUUAACCAUGUUGGGGUUGAUUCAGGCAUCUGUAAAUCUUGGGGACUCAAAGUUGGGACUUGCGAUUCAUGGAUAUAUGAUUAGGAAAUGUCUUUCCAUGGAUGUCGUGGUUCAGACGAGCCUUCUCGAUAUGUAUGCGAAGAAUGGAUAUCUGGAAUAUGCUUUGCGUGUCUUUGAGAAGAUGCCAAAUAAGAAUGAUAUUUCUUGGGGGGCAUUGAUUUCUGGCUUUGCUAGAAAUGCACUAGAGUUGUUGGGAGAGAUGCAGGGCUGUGGGUUUAAACCAGACUUGGUGUCCCUUGUAGGUGCUUUUAUGGCAUGUUCACUAUGUGGGUUGUUAAAAUUGGGUAAAUCGAUACACGGAUGUAUCACUAGAAGGCUCGAUUUGGAACAAGUUUCUGGUACUGCAAUGAUUGACAUGUAUGCGAAAUGUGGAUCACUUUCUUAUGCCCGUGCAGUCUUUGAUCGGAUAGUUUCUAGAGAUAUAAUCUCUUGGAAUGCAAUGAUUGCCAGCUAUGGGGUACAUGGGCAUGGAAAGGAAGCUCUAUCACUCUUCCAUCAGAUGACAAACAUGAGUUUAAGACCUGAUCAUGCAACUUUUGCUGCACUUCUCUCGGCUCUCAGCCACUUGGGACUGGUGAACGAAAGUCAAUACUGGUUCAAUCUGAUGGCUAAUGAAUAUAAUAUUCAACCAACUGAGAAGCAUUAUGCUUGUAUGGUUGAUCUUUUAGCUCGUGCAGGACUAGUAGAAGAAGCUUAUAGACUAAUCGAGUCUAUGAACAAUGAACCGGGGGUGGCUGUUUGGGUUGCUCUACUGUCUGGCUGCUGCAAUCAUUGGAAGUUGUCCAUCGGGGAGGUGGCAGCAAAGAAGGUGCUUGAGUUAAAUCCGGAUGACUUGGGAAUUCAUGCAUUGGUCUCCAACUUCUUUGCCAAGGGAAACAUGUGGGUUGAAGUAGCUGCCGUCAGGAAACUCAUGAAAAACUCGGGAAAGAAGAAAGUAUCCGGAUACAGUGUCCUGGAUGUGAAUGGGAAGCUCCAUGCUUUCCUUAUGGGAGAUAAAAGCCACCAUGAAUAUGAAGCUAUAGCAUCCGCAUUGGAUAAAUUGGACCGUGAAAUGAGUUUCAUGGUUAAUUGAAGGGCUUCCUGUAGCAUUCGGCCU